GCCCGUGAUGCCGAGUAAUGUAAAACAGUACAGUGGCUUUCUUCUCACUAAUCAUGCCAUUUGCUGACGUAAAAUCGGGACGACUUCAAUCGGCAACAACACAGCGGAUCAAUGUGACCAGCAUGUAACGACAUGACUGACAGUGUUAACGCGCUUGUGCGGGUUUUUCAGAAACAGGAAAUAUUUCGCUUCUAAACCGAGGUGCAAGCAUAUCGUGCCCACAAAUGACUGAUGUCCCAGCAAAGACAUGCUGUAACUGGGACAUCACGGUGCUGGAGACAGUCUCACCAUGAAGGGCUCCAGCUCCAGAUGGGCCUUCUCCCUGGGCUUCUUGGUGGGGGGCUGCAGCAUGUACUUCUUCCUGCGCCAGGUGUGGUUUGAGAGGAGCUACCCCUUGCUGUCAGAGACUCAGGGAAAAGCCACAGCGGUGUCGGAGAGAACAACCAUCUGGAGGAAGGAGGGAGGUGCUCUAAUCAGCCUGCUCCACCCUCACCAUGCAGAUGAAGACAGCCGGGCGGCAGAUCUGUUGUAUCAGAAGGUACGUGUUCUCUGUUGGGUGAUGACAGCGCCGUAUAACCUGCAGAGCAGGGCCCGCCAUGUCAGGGCUACCUGGAGUCGCCACUGCAACAUGGUGGUGUUUAUGAGCUCUGAGGAGGACCCAGACUUCCCCGCUGUGGGCCUGGGCACCAGGGAGGGCCGUGACCAGCUCUACUGGAAGACCAUUCGAGCCUUCCAUUAUGUUUACGAGCACCAUGCGAGUGAAGCAGAUUGGUUCCUUAAAGCAGACGAUGACACCUUUGUGGUGGUGGACAACCUGCGUUGGAUUCUGUCCAACCACACCCCUGAAGAGCCCAUCUACUUCGGCAAACGCUUCAAACCCUACACCAAGCAAGGCUACAUGAGUGGAGGGGCAGGCUAUGUGCUGAGCAGAGAGGCCCUCAAGAGGUUUGUGGAAGGUUUUCGGACCAAAGUGUGCUCACACACCACACCUGUGGAGGACCUAGCGCUGGGGCAGUGUUUGGAGAAGAUGGGCGUUCUGGCGGGGGACUCCAGGGACACUUUGCAGCGAGAAACAUUCCACCCGUUUGUGCCAGAGCACCAUCUGACUGGCAAGUUCUCCAAGAGCUUCUGGUACUGGAGCUAUUGUUACUACCCCAUUGUUGAGGGUCCACAGUGCUGCUCUGAUCUAGCAGUAUCUUUCCAUUAUGUCGAAGCAGAGCUGAUGUACACACUGGAGUACUACACUUAUCACCUGAGAGCGUACGGCUACAGGCCACGCUACCGGCCCCCCUUACGCCCGGGUCUGAGCCUCGGCCCACUGGCAAAGACAGCCGUGACGGUGGGACCUAAACGAGUCCAGGAGGUGACAGAUGGAAGGAAUCGCUCAUCUCCAGCAAUCUCUGGUGGUGGAAACCAAACUAAAGCAAAGACUGAGCCAGUGAAAGUGGCGAAUGUGAGCUCUCUCAUCACUGAGAACAGGACGGCAGUGACUCAAGGCAGGCACCGCUGACUCUGUGUUUCAGUCGGGGGUGAUUGUACAUGAUUGUGCCAGAGAGGUGUAACCUAUUGCCCUGCACAUCAUGUCAGCUAGUGUUUUCUUCUGACAGGUCUUCCUUGAUCCGAUCAUGAUAUUUUCCAGCCAGUUUGACACUGUCAGCACUCACAGUGAGAGUUUGACAAUGAUUCAGUGGCAGCUCUGUAUGGCUUCGCUAUUUCAACCAAGGUAAACUUUUGGUUUAAUUGUGUUUGACAUAACCAGCAUUUUAAUGUGUGAAUUUAUGAUGUUACACAGUCACAGAUGUGUGUUUGAAGAGAAGCAGGAGGAGGCACAUAGAAUUUUAUUUUAAUGUAUUUCACCAGCACCUGGUCUAAGCCAAUAGAUUUUAUCAUUUUUAAUUCAUUGUUUUAUUUUUCUUGAAAUGGAAAGCGGCAACAAAUGUCAGUGUGUGUGUCAAAACUGAACCCCUUUUCUUCAUGGCCUCUUUGCUUCU